UCCUCCUGGAGGAGAGUGCUUCCACAGCAGCACUGCGCGCUGACCCCGCGCUAGUCCCUGCCCUGGUUCCGCCCCUGCGGCCUAAAUAAAAGUUCGACGGCUGCAGGAGCAGAGAGCCACUCCAGGAGAGACCCCGGAGACAGCUGCCACGGGAAGGCAGGGCACUUCUCUGCUCCCUCAGGUUCUCCCCCUUGGCCAGUGAACCAUGGCUCCUCCCAUGAAGGGUCAAGUGUGUGUGGUGACUGGGGCCUCCAGAGGUAUUGGCCGCGGCAUUGCCCUGCAGCUCUGUCAGGCAGGGGCUACUGUUUACAUCACUGGCCGCCACCUGGACACCCUUCAAGCCACUGCUCAGGAGGCUCAAGCCCGAGGUGGCCGCUGUGUGCCUGUGGUGUGUGAUUCCAGCCAGGAGAGUGAAGUGCGGAGCCUGUUUGAGCAAGUGAAUCGGGAACAGCAUGGGCGUCUGGAUGUGCUGGUCAACAACGCCUAUGCUGGGGUUCAGCCCAUCUUGAAUUCUUGGAAUAAAGCAUUCUGGGAAUGUCCUGCCACCAUCUGGGAUGACAUCAACAAUGUUGGACUCAGAGGCCACUACUUGUGCUCCGUGUAUGGGGCACGGAUGAUGGUCCCAGCUGGCCGGGGACUCAUCGUGGUCAUUUCCUCUAUGGGUGGCCUGCAGUAUCUGUUCAGCGUCCCCUAUGGCGUGGGCAAAGCUGCGUGUGACAGGCUGGCUGCUGACUGUGCCCAUGAGCUACGACGCCACGGGGUCAGCUAUGUGUCCCUGUGGCCAGGACUGGUACAGACGGAGCUUGUGAAGGAGCAGAUGGAGAAGGGGCAUCUGAGCAAGGAUCCCACAAUGAAGCUGCUCCAAUCUCAGUUCUCAUCCGCAGAAUCCACAGAAGUGAGUGGCAAAUGUGUGGUGGCUCUGGCAACAGACCCCAACAUCCUGAGCCUCAGUGGGAAGGUGUUGCCCUCCUGUGACCUGGCACGGCGCUAUGGCCUUCGGGAUGUGGAUGGCCGUCCUAUCUACGAUUACUUGUCUGUGAGCUCCGCAUUGUUACAAGCUUCCCCCUUGAGCUGGCUGGCCUCCUACCUGCCCGGAUUUUUGCGUAUGCCCAAGUGGCUCAUCACACUGUAUUCUAGCAAGUUCUGACCAUCCUGGCCCUACGUUACAGCUGUUCUCUCCUGCUGCCUGGAGGGUAAUGGGGCCUAUCCCUGUGGAAUUAGGCAGGCUUUCUUGCCUUCCCUUGCCCUUAACAUGAAGAGAAGACCUCUGUUCUGUGUCAGUGGUGAAUUUAAAGUCCCUUCUGGGUGUUUCUUUGUGCCUUUGUUUUCCUCAAUCUUCCACGUUUUGCUGCAUUUAAAAGUUCCCUAUGAGUUAAUAAAUAUCUGGCUUCUCCUUCA